AUGGCUUCGGAACGCCGAAUCAAGUCGCUGAAACUGCGAUUGCGUAGCAUCGAGACGUCGUUUAACCUCAUCAAAGUGUUUGUGGACAAUUUUGAUGAAGAAACCCAGUCGAUGGAAGUCCCUGUGCGACUGGAGAAUCUUGGUGUCCUAUGGGCGGAUUUCGGCAAAACUCAAGCCGAGCUUGAAGCUGCUGAUGUCGAAGAUUCCGCUGUAAUCGAUCAGCAACUCAAACAGCGAGCACAGUUCGAGACGGAUUACUAUCGUGUCAAGGGUUUUCUGCUGUCCGUGAAUAAAAUAACAACAACAAGUUCACAAUUUUGUCAGUCCAGUUCGCAUUUCCCUGCUUCUUCCCAGAUUCGACUUCCAGAUGUGAAACUCCCCGUAUUUAAUGGAACGCUCGAACACUGGCUAAACUUUCAUGAUCUGUUUAUUUCACUGGUACACUCCUCCAGUGAAUUAUCCAAUAUUCAGAAGUUCUAUUACCUUCGAUCGUCGUUGGCUGGGGAUGCGUUGAAACUUAUACAGACGAUUGCGAUCAGCGCCAACAACUACCCCGUGGCUUGGAACUUACUCAUCGAUCACUUUCAAAAUCCGGCACGACUAAAGCAAACUUACGUUGACUCUCUGUUUGAGUUUGCUCCGUUGAAGAAAGAAUCCGCAGCUGAUCUUCAUUCGCUAGUUGAACGUUUUGAAGCCAAUGUUCGUAUUUUGAAGCAGCUGGGAGAAAAAACGGAAUUCUGGGAUGUCUUGCUCAUUCGCAUGCUUAGUAUUCGUCUCGAUUCUACCACACGAAGAGACUGGGAAGAAUUUUCAUCAUCACAUGAAGCCACCACCUUUCAAGAUCUGGUCAGCUUUCUCCAACGACGGGUCACCGUUUUGCAGAGCGUCAGCAACAUGCAUCUGGAAACUUCUUCGGCUCCGGCUCCCAAAAGGCAGGUUCAACGUACAUCGAUCAUAAGUAAUGGUGCUACGCAAUAUUCCUCCCGUCAAUGCUAUGCCUGUUGUGAACAUCAUCCCCUCUAUAUGUGCUCCACCUUCUCAAAGAUGUCAGUCGAAGACAAGGAUAAGCUCGUGCGUCGCCAACAACUGUGCAGAAAUUGUUUACGCAAGGGUCAUCAAGCCAAAGUCUGCCAAUCGAAAAACUCCUGCCGCAAAUGUAGAGGGCGCCAUCACAGUCAACUGUGCAGUCAAGAAACCUCUUCUGCCGAAACCAGUCAACCUAGAGCGGAUGCGAUGGUUCCCAAGGAUCCUGUUCAUGUCAGCGGAGAAUGUUCUUCGCUAUCAGCAGCAGUUGGAAAGCCUCUCAAUAAGGGUCACCCACACCAGGUGCUCCUUGCAACGGCCGUGAUCAAACUGAUCGACGAUCAUGGCAACACUCAUCUCGCGAGAGCACUCCUCGACUCGGGCAGUGAAUGCAGUUUCGUCACCGAGUCAUUUUCGCAGCAGCUGAAGUCUCGUCGUACCAAGGUUCACCUAUCAAUCUCUGGAAUCGGCCUGUCUUCCACUCACGCUCGUUGUAAACUUCGCACCACCAUACAGUCUCGAGUUACGCAAUUUUCCACCAUCGUAGAGUUUCUAGUACUGCCAAAACUCACACUCAAUUUGCCGUCUGCAACACUAGACAUUUCAAAAUGGAAUCUACCGAAGGAAAUAGAGCUUGCAGAUCCCACCUUUUACCAAAAUUCUCCCAUCGACAUCAUCUUAGGUGCAGAAGUGUUCUUCGACUUGUUUAAGCCUUCUGGAAGAAUUCCUCUGGGAGAAUCACUGCCUGUUCUGAUAAAUUCCGUUCUGGGAUGGGUCGUGUCUGGCAAGGUCACAAGCUUCAAUACAGUCAGCCCAGUUAUUUCCAAUCUUGCAACAGUAGCUGACCUUUACCAACUUAUGCAGCGUUUUUGGGUAAUUGAAGAGGAAGAUUCUACUCCUUGUGUGUCGGUGGAAGAAGCAGCCUGUGAGCAACACUUUGUUCGCACUGUUCAACGCAACUCGGAAGGUCGAUACGUAGUUCGGCUGCCCCUGAAGGAGCCAGUAUCCGCCAUUGGUGACAAUCGCAGCAUCGCCCUACGACGAUUUCACAUGAUCGAGUCCCGUUUGCAACGAAACAAGGAUCUACGAGCUGAAUACCAAGAGUUCAUGUCUCAGUACGCUGCCCUAGGUCACAUGCAACGAGUAGAUCACACAACGCACUCCAGCCCGCAGUACUAUCUUCCACAUCACGCAGUCAUUAGGGAAGAAAGUUCCACGACCAAGGUGCGAGUCGUCUUUGACGCUUCCUGCAAAUCGGUAACUGGGAAAUCGUUGAACGAUGUACUCAUGGUCGGCGCAGUCAUCCAAGACGAUCUUCGAGCCAUCAUCUUGCGAACCCGAAUCAACGCAAUUUUGCUCAUCGCCGACAUCAAACAGAUGUAUCGCCAGAUCCUAGUAGACGAACGUGAUACACCUCUUCAAAGAAUUCUCUGGCGGAACUCACCCGAAGAACCCAUCAGCACAUUCGAGUUGAGAACCGUCACCUACGGUACGGCUAGCGCACCUUUUCUAGCCACUCGAACACUUCAACAACUCGCCGAAGACGAACAAGCAGAUUUCCCGCUGGGCUCAAAGGUUCUCAAACGUGAUGUGUAUGUAGACGAUCUUGUGACCAGCGGAAGGACGGCCGAAGAAUUGCUGGAGGUACGGAAGCAGCUUGACCAGAUGUGCAGACGAGGUGGAUUCGAAUUUCGCAAAUUUGCUUCGAAUUUGGAUUCAGUAUUGGAAGGGGUUCCUGCUGAAAGACGUGCGCUCCAAUCUUCUGUUGAACUCGCUACCGAUCAAUGUAUCAAGACCCUGGGAUUGCAUUGGGAACCAACUUCGGACCACUUUCGUUUCAAAAUUCAUCUACCCGAACAAUCCCAGUCCACCCUCAUGAGCAAAAGAAUGGCCCUUUCUCAGAUUGCUCAGCUCUUCGACCCGUUAGGAUUGGUAGGUCCAGUCAUCGUUACAGCGAAGGUGUUCAUGCAGACUCUGUGGAGUCUCAAAGCAGACGACGGCAAAGCCUGGGGAUGGGAUCAACCUUUACCACCCUCACUUACAACGUACUGGCAAAACUACUAUUCGCAGUUACCUCUUCUGGAGCACCUUCGAGUUCCUCGUUGCAUUGUGCUACCCCAAUUCGAUACGAUACAACUGCAUCUGUUCUCUGACGCAUCGGAACACGCUUAUGGUGCUUGUGCAUACUUCCGGUCAACAGAUUCCUCUGGCGCCAUUUCUGUCGGUCUCCUAACAGCCAAAUCUAAAGUAGCCCCACUGAAGAAGCGUAGCAUACCAAGGCUUGAGCUUUGCGGAGCACUCGAAGCAGCUCAAUUAUACCACAAAAUAUCCUCAGCAUUCGGGCAAAAGUUUCAGACGUUUUUCUGGGUCGAUUCAACUACUGUGCUCGCUUGGCUGAAGGCAAGCCCUUCAGUUUGGACAACAUUUGUCGCAAACCGCGUUUCCAAAAUCCAGCUUUCGACAGAGGGUACAUCCUGGAAUCACGUCUCUGGUCAGCAAAACCCAGCUGAUCAUAUCUCGAGGGGUAUCGAUGCUCAAACGUUGAUUUCAUGUGAGCUAUGGUGGCAAGGACCAGAUUGGCUUCGCUCGAAUCAGUGGCAACCAUCAUCGUCGACAUCCUCCUUUGAAACCCAGUUAGAAUUCCGUACAUCGAGGCCCGCAGGACUGAUGACCACAACCACAAAGACAUUCCUCGACUCUUACAUAGAACGAUUUUCAAAAUAUCAAACCAUGCUGCGCGUGACAGCAUUCUGCAUGCGGUUUUGCCACAAUUCUCGGAAGGGGGCGAUUCGGAAGUGCCAGGCUUUUCUAUCAACCAUAGAAAUCCGUGAUGCUGAAACAACUCUCAUUCGGUGGGUUCAAGCUCAAGAGUUUCCAGAGUGCAUUGAAGCUCUGCGAGCUUCAAAAUCGAUCCCCGCCAAAUCUCGCCUUAGAUGGUUUACACCGUUUCUGGAUCCGAGCCAAAUAAUGCGCAUAGGAGGACGAAUUGACAGAUCGCCGCUAAACUACGACGCUAGGCAUCAAAUUUUGCUUCCCUGCAAUCAUCGUUUUUCCGCAUUAUUGGUCGAGUGUCUUCACGAAAGAAAUCUGCAUGCUGCUCCGCAAUUGCUCGUGGGAUUACUCCGCCUGAAGUACUGGAUCAUAGGGGCCAGAAACCUGGCCAAAACCAUUGUCCAUCGCUGCCUAAUCUGCGUCCGAGCUCGCCCUAAAUUGGUGGAACAAUUUAUGGCGGAGCUGCCAAAGGAACGCAUAAGCGCAAGUCGUCCUUUUACGAUAACGGGAGUGGAUUACUGGGGCCCUAUUUUCCUGAAACCUCCGCAUCGUCGUUCAGCACCCAUCAAAUCGUUCGUAGCCGUUUUCGUUUGCUUCAGCACAAAGGCCGUGCACAUUGAAAUGGUUUCGGACUUAACUACAGCGAAAUUCGUUCAGGCUCUGAGACGCUUCGUCUCGCGUCGGGGUCCACCCUCCGAUCUACAUAGCGACAAUGGCAGAAACUUUCUCGGUGCUAAAAACGAGUUGCACCGUCUUCUUCGCAAUCCAGAGUACAACGAGAAAGUAGCAAUUGAAUGUGCCGAUUGCAACAUCCGUUGGCAUUUCAAUCCACCGAGGGCAUCGCAUUUCGGCGGGCUAUGGGAGUCUGCCAUCAAUUCAGCACAAAAACACUUCGUCCGUGUGGUCCGGGACCGCGCUCUGGCAUACGACGACAUGCACACCCUAUUAUGCCAGAUAGAAUGCUGCCUUAAUUCACGGCCGAUCGUUGCCUUGAGUGACGAUCCUUCCGAUUUCGAACCGCUGACACCUGGUCACUUCCUGGUUGGUACAUCUCUAAAGGCGGUCCCAGACGAAAAUCUAUCUGCAGACACGGUUCAUUAUCUGAAGAAGUGGCAACUCGUUCAGAAACUCUUCCAAGAUGUGUGGCGACGCUGGCACCUAGAAUAUUUGACAACGUUACAACACAGAGUUAAAUGGUGCAACCCACCUGUAACGAUACGAGAGAACCAGCUUGUCCUAUUGAAGGAAGAGGGAAUUCCACCGAUUCGUUGGCCGACAGCGAGAAUCACAAAAAUCCAUCCAGGAGCUGAUGGAAUCACUAGAGUGGUAACACUUAAAACUCCCAAGGGCUCGUGCACUAGACCGGUGGCGAAAAUUUGCCUGUUGCCGAUUACAUCAGCAUCGGAGGAAUCAAAAUUAACUACCGACGCUGAGCAAUCAACAUCAGACAGAAUUUGGAAGAAAUCAUAG